AUGAAGUUCUCCUCCUCUUCCAUCGUUGCCCUCUGUUUGGCCACCUUUGUCAUUGCAGCUCCAGCUGCUGUUGCAGGCCCACAGGCCGUUGCUAUUGCUCAUGACGAUGCUACCAGCGCCGUUGUUGCUACAACUUCUACUGAACCUGCUCAGACCUCUGCCGUUGUCUUGCCAGCGGACGGGUAUGACGCAGCCUCCGUCUCUUUGGUCAACAUCACUGGGAUUUUGAACCAACUUGUCGGUGUUGUUGAAGGCACUGUUUAUCCAACAGAGAUCGUCAGAGAAGUCAUCUCGGUGGUUGUCACUCUUUUGAACGAUACCCUGGACGCACUGGGCUCCCUCACCAACCACGAGGACAUUGCAGACUCCCUGGAGGCUUCGUUGCAGAAGGCGUUGAACCUCUUGGACAACAUCGUCACUACUCUUGGUAUCGAAAACUCCGUCAACGAGGAGAUCACUGCCUACAUUGACAAUGUCAAGGCCCUGGUGACCCUCUUGGUCACCACCAUCUCCAACGUCUCUGGCGAGUUGAAGCACUUCAACUUGGAUGGUGCGCUGCGUGCUUUGCUAGCUGGUGUGCUCAACAUCUUGAGUAAGCUCGUCUACUAA